AAUACAAGCUCAGCUCAACUCGGAUGGCGCUAGAAUUAGAUGUAUACAAGUGUACAGUAUUGAUUUGUUCUACUCAGUUUUAGUGUAUUUGUGUUGAGUAGUUAAAGAACUUUUGUUUUAUAUUAUCUAACGGUUGAAAUAUAAAUAUAUACAUUUUCUUGACCUUUGCAUCUAUUGUAUAAACGUAAAUUUAUAAACUGUUUUAUUCGAGACAAACAAGGAAUGACAAGAAGCUCUAAGCCAAUGCCAGAGAUAUCACUUCCGGUUGAUAUGAAUCGCUUUCAUUCUGCCAUUCGGGACGACCUCAUCCUUCCAGACCGCUUCUUCUCGUCCUCGUUUCCAUCCUCGCGAUGCAACUCGUUGAAAACAAAACGAGGGAGCAGCACCAGACGAGAGAAGCGAUGGUCGCACAGCAUGACCAGGUCCAACAGCGUCAGUCUGCCCGACUGCUCCGACUCCGAGCGCCGCAUCGCUGCGCCGCUGUCCAAACAGAAGUGCCGCAUGUGCACGGUCCGGGCGUUCAAGACCACGUCCAAGGGUGUCGUGGACUCGGGCAGCUUCUCAAAGUCCCUGAGCUCCAACAGCCUGCUGUCCUCGGGGAGUCUCAACACCUCCCACGGGAGCGGAGACUUCUACAGCCGGAGCACUUCGGUGGAGCGGAACAGGGAGAGCAGUGUCGACUCCAACGAUGACUCCGAGGGGGCCCCUAGCAUAUCUUCGGCACCCUUCUACUUCAGAACCGUGGUGUUGGGAGCCCCAGGAGUUGGCAAAUCGUCCUUGAUUCAACAACUGACUAGAUGUGACCCCUCCAAUGGUGAGUUAUUUGAGCUGGCUAGAUGGUACCCCUAGAUGUAUAAUCUCCAUGAGACCAGAUAUGGCCCCUAUAUGUAUAAUCUUCAUGUGGCUAGAUGGUACCCCUAGAUGUGUCAGCUUCUUGGGGCUAGAUUGGACCCCUAGAUGUAUAAUCUUCAUGGGGCUAGAUGGGACCCCUAGAUGUAUUAUCUUCCUGGGGGCUAGAUGGGACCCCUAUAUGUAUAAUCUUCAUGGGGCUAGAUGGUACCCCUAGUUGUAUAAUCUUCAUGUGGCUAGAUGGGACCCCUAUAUGUAUAAUCUUCACGUGGCUAGAUGGUACCCCUAGAUGUGUCAGCUUCUUGGGGCUAGAUUGGACCCCUAAAUGUAUACUCUUCAUGUGGCUAGAUGGGACCCCUAGAUGUAUCAUCUUCCUGGGGGCUAGAUGGGACCCCUAAUUGUAUAAUCUUCAUGUGGCUAGAUGGGACCACUAGAUGUAUAAUCUUCAUGGGGCUAGACAGGACCACUAGAUGUAUCAUCUUCAUGUGGCUAGAUGGGACCCCUAAUUGUAUAAUCUUCAUGUGUCUAGACGGAACCACUAGAUGUAAAAUCUCAAGAAUGGCUACAUGAAUUGCUACCUUAAUUUUCUUUCAAAUAUCGUACACAAAUAUAUCCACACUUUAGCAAUGUAUCCACACUUUAUCAACUUAGCCAUUUCUUCUAAGGACUACUUUCUGAUUGCUUGGACACAUGAGUAGGAAGUGUUAUAGUUAAAUUACAUUCGGAAAAUAUGAUGUUACUAGGUAGAAAAUAAAUACUGUUUGACCACUAUAAAAAUAUUGACAUGGCAUGGCUUAAGAAGAUAUGCAUGACAUGUGACAUGUGACAUGUCUAUCUUUUCUGGUGCACCACCCCCCCCCCGACCCUUUUUACUUCCAAAUUUUCUUUUGCUCAAACGACUAUCUUUAUAAAGGAAUGUACACAUUUUAUAAAAACCCUCAAGAGAGACACACUUGCUUUUAACAUUUUAACAUCAAACCCAUUUUAUAAUUGUUUGAUAGUUACCAUAAUUUUAUCAUCGUUUUGGUAGUUACCCCCUGGGGUGUUUUAAAUAGGAAGCUCACCCAUUGUUGUGUUGAGGGAGCAAUACAAAACCUUAGAACUAGCUUAUAGCCCAAGUGCAACCAUUCUGUUCUGUCAAUAUCCUUUAGCUCAAGAGCAACCAAUCUGUUCUGUCCCUAGCUUAUAGCUCAAGAGCAACCAUUCUGUUCUUCCACUAGCUUUUAGCUCAAUUGCAACCAUUCUGGUCUGUCAUUAGCUUUUAGCUCAAGUGCAACCAUUCUGUUCUGUCAAAAGCCUUUAGCUCAAGAGCAACCAUUAUGUUCUGUCCCUAGCUUAUAGCUCAAGUGCAACCAUUCUGUUCUGUCACUAGCUUUUAGCUCAAGAGCAACUAUUCUGUUCUGUCACUAGCUUUUAGCUCAAGUGCAACCAUUCUGUUCUGUCACUAGCUUUUAGCUCAAGAGCAACUAUUCUGUUUUUUCACUAGCUUAUAGCUCAAGUGUAACCAUUCUGUUCUUCCACUAGCUUUUAGCUCAAUUGCAACCAUUCUGUUCUGUCAUUAGCUUUUAGCUCAAGUGCAACCAUUCUGUUCUGUCACUAGGCAACCAUUCUGUCACUAGGCAACCAUUCUGUCACUAGGCAACCAUUCUGUCACUAGGUAACCAUUCUGUCACUAGGCAACCAUUCUGUCACUAGGCAACCAUUCUGUUCUGUCACUAGAAGAGGGAAACUAAAGACCACCAGAAGCUAAAAUGAACCACCACCACCCCCCAUCACCCCACCCCCAUGAAGCCCCCUCACUACCAUCCCAUCUGACCCGACCCCUUCUCCCCCCUUUUUCUAUUCCCAAGUAGAAAAGCGGUGAAAUCAAUCAGAAAUUGCGACAUACGUGUUGAACGUAAGGAGCACGGAACUCUUUCACCAAAUCAUUUCUCACUUCCGUUUUCUUCCCAUCGCCACUUCUCCCCCCCUCCUCACCCUAAUAGUUUUAACCUUUAGCAAACAUGCUGCCACGAGGGACACGGGCGAGGGCGUUGGGGAGGUUGGGGUUAAUGAAGGACAGAGUGGCGUUUGGGGGGGGGGGUUAAAUGAUCCGGGGGCCCGGGAGGAGACGGCUUAGCCGUCGCCACUUCUCCCCCCCUCCUCACCCUAAUAGUUUUAACCGUUAGCAAACAUGCUGCCACGAGGGACCCGGGCGAGGGCGUUGGGGAGGUUGGGGUUAAUGAAGGACAGAGUGGCGUUUGGGGGGGGGGGUUAAAUGAUCCGAGGGCCCGAGUGGAGACGGCUUAGCCGGCCCCUAAUUAGGGCGCCACAACAAAAAACCGGUCUCCUUGGGAGAAUUGAUUCCUCCGAUCCAAUCUGCCUGAGACUGAUUUCAUUGGGCGCAACGUGCAAUAACAGAAAUGUUGACGUGAUGCGCGCUUGCACGAGAGUCGAGGAAUGGUGAUCACCGACCUCGGGAUGAAAUAUUACCUAAACUCUCACCUGAACGUCAUCGUACCUACACUUUGAGCCCACAACACAACAUAUUACCUAAACUCGAAUCUAAAUAUCAUCGUACCUAAAAUCUGAUAUAGCAAAACAACAUAUUACCUAAACCUAAACUCUGACGUGUGACCCGCUGUUCACAACACUCCUUUGUUACCUUAUUUCAAUUGACAGUAGUCAAAUUUCCACAAGUCGAUUUUCAACAGCAACUUGUCCAUUUUUAUUCCCACCCCUCUCUCCUCCCUCUCCCGCUCUCUCUCUCCCCCCCCCUCUCUCUCUCCCCCCCCCCCUCUCUCUCUCUCUCUCUCUCUCUCUCUCUCUCUCCCUCUCUCUCUCUCUCUCUCUCUCUCUCUCUCUCUCCGUCAAACUCAACAAAUGGCUCAAUUCUUUAACUCUCCAAGAAAACGAAGCAAAAUAUCAAUCAAUCGGAAAUCCGAUCGAUACCAUUACCAGCUCUGCUGUCAAACCAAUUGUACUUUAAAUAAUCAAUAUCAUUAAACAAAAUCUAACCGUGACAUUAUUCAAUCGUCAACGAUAUUCAAACGACGAUUCCAAUUGUGUACUUAAAAAAAAAAAUUAAUAUAUUGUUGUAAUUUUACACUUACAGAUAUUAGGGAGACUGUCUUAUUCUCAAGAGUCUGUUUCGCAUUCACUUAAUACGGCCAACAUUUGCAUUGGGGAAAUGACAGGGAGAAAUACCGAGGGAUCUAAUGAAUGAUGCUAAAUUUAAAGCUAUCAUUUUUGUAAACAAAGAAGGACCGUUUUGAAAGAGAAGGGUGGGGGGAAAAAAAAUCAAUAUUACCCCAUUCAUCUGAUCGUCGUAAAGCUCUAAAAUGAUCGCUGUAAAGCUCUAAAUUGUUCGCUGUAAAGCUCUAAGCUAAAUUGUUGCCUUACUUAUAAGUUGUUGAAUUAUUGUUGAAUUAUUGAACGCGAUGGGGGUCAGCCAUGAUUAACGCGUGUCAACAGGGGAGCGGAGGAGACAACCCUGCAUAAACUCUGACGUCAAUCAGCAGGCGAUGCAACAGAUCAAGAAAGCGGUUAAAAGGGGGAAGGGGGGGGUGGGGUUAAAAAUCAAUGGAGAAUUCUUGUGGGGCGCAGUUUCCCGCCUCCCUCAGUGCGUACACAAAACUAACCCCCACCUAUCUCCAAACAGUGUAUCUGUUAAUGGAAAAUUGCGGAUAUUAACAUCUCGGGUUGUAGUGGAUCGACAUCCUUUAUUUGUUUCUGAGAAUGUUAAAAUAAUGUGAUCUAGUUGUUAGAUAUAACCUGAGCUCCAACAUCACGUGAUCUCGUUGUUAGAUAUAACCUGAGCUCCAACAUCACGUGAUCUCGUUGUUAGAAAUAACCUGAGCUCCAACAUCACGUGAUCUCGUUGUUAGAAAUAACCUGAGCUCCAACAUCACGUGAUCUCGUUGUUAGAAAUAACCUGAGCUCCAACAUCACGUGAUCUCGUUGUUAGAUAUAACCUGAGCUCCAACAUCACGUGAUCUCGUUGUUAGAAAUAACCUGAGCUCCAACAUCACGUGAUCUCGUUGUUAGAUAUAACCUGAGCUCCAACAUCACGUGAUCUCGUUGUUAGAAAUAACCUGAGCUCCAACAUCACGUGAUCUCGUUGUUAGAUAUAACCUGAGCUCCAACAUCACGUGAUCUCGUUGUUAGAAAUAACCUGAGCUCCAACAUCACGUGAUCUCGUUGUUAGAAAUAACCUGAGCUCCAAAUCCAAACUUGUAAAAAUCGAAUUAGUAGAAUAUAUGGUUGAUUAACAUCGUCCCCUUUUACAACUUGCUGAUGUUAGACCAACGCUUGGCUGGGGUGUGUGGGGGUAAGUGAGGGGGGUGGAUGGGCUGUGGUGUGUGGGGGUAAGUGAGGGGGGUGGAUGGGGUGGGGUGUUUGGGGGUAAGUGAGGGGGGUGGAUGGGGUGGGGGUGUGACUGGGGUGUUGGUGGGGUGAGGGUCGGGUCAGGGGUGAGUAGGGGUGGAUGAGAUGCGCAUCUUAUUUAAAAAAAAAAAAUAAUAAUGUUGAUGUUACUCUAGUUAUUUUAAGGCUAUAUCAUUAUGGCUAUGAUGUUAACCGUGUUAACGCCAAUACACUAUAUCUCAUAAAAUAAUUAUUUUGAAAAAAAUCUAUUUCCUCCUUAGAUGAUGACGAACCAAGAUUUGUCGACAGUGGUGCCAUUGUGUCAGUCCAACUGGAUGGUCAAGAGUCCACUAUGGAAUUUAUAAGUGGAUCAGAUGUGAGUACACCUUAAUCACUUUUGUGUGGUCCCAAUGAACUCUUGUAAAGACAAAAAUCAGGUCUUAACCCAAUACAGACAAUUAUAGCUAAGCCAAGGCUAGUGCCGCCAGGUACAUCUAGGCUAGUGCCGCCAGGUACAUCUAGGCUAGUGCCGCCAGGUACAUCUAGGCUAGUGCCGUCAGGUACAUCUAGGCUAGUGCCGCCAGGUACAUCUAGGCUAGUGCCGCCAGGGACAUCUAGGCUAGUGCCGCCAGGGACAUCUAGGCUAGUGCAGGGACAUCAUCCGAUCACGGCGGUCCCUGUAGAUGGCUAGUGCAGGGACAUCUAGGCUAGUGCCGCCAGGGACAUCUAGGCUAGUGCCGCCAGGGACAUCUAGGCUAGUGCCACCAGGGACAUCUAGGCUAGUGCCGCCAGGGACAUCUAGGCUAGUGCCGCCAGGGACAUCUAGGCUAGUGCCGCCAGGGACAUCUAGGCUAGUGCCACCAGGGACAUCUAGGCUAGUGCCACCAGGGACAUCUAGGCUAGUGACGCCUCUUUAUCAUGCCAAAUUCCUUCUCAGGCUAUAUGUAAACGAAGCACUGAUUGAAAGAAAGACAAGGGAUUUGGAGAAGAACUACGUGCCGAUAGUCAGUCGUGUCGAUAGUCAGACGUACUGGGCGUAUAGGCCAGACACGCGACGCCAUCUUAACGUAUCCCCCUCACACACACCUGAUCCGCACACAAACAGAACGAUCCGCCCACACAUCUAUCUCACACAUGUAUGUGAGUACGAAUUCAAGGGUAGGUAUUUCCACAUCAGAGUGACGUAAGAAGCAGCAACGAUUCCCAGUCUGCAGUUGAUGACAAACACAGCAGCCUGCAUGCAGAGUGAAAACUGUUAGAGAUCUAUGUGUAAUGUGUAUCAUACAACAUAGUAUCAGAAUCAGGAAUAGGUUGAAAUAUAUGAUCAUACAAGGUAGUGUCUACCCAAGAGUCAGACCUAAGUUGAGAUCUGUGUAGCAUACAUAUUUUGUAUAAAGCAUAAAAUAACAUUUUAAAGGUCACUCCAUUCCAAUGUACUUUUCAUGCAAGAUGGACUACUACUGUCGAGUGUAAAUACUACUGUCAAGUGUCGUAUCCGGAAAUUUGAUCGAAAGAUAUAUUUGUCGACGGUAAAUUGAACGACGGUAAUUUGAUAGAACGGAAAUUUGGUCGAAACAUUUUUUUCUUCAGUUUUUACGUUAAAAUUUUGCUUCAAAUUUCUUUUUGAACGCAUUAUUUUGUUUUACUAUAAAGUAUAGUGCGUUCAAAAAGAAAUUUGACGAAAAUUUUAACGUGUGAACUGAAAAAAAGAAGAAAAGAUUCGACCAAAUUUACGUUCGAUCAAAUUUCCGUCGACGAAAUUUCUUUCGAUCAAAUUUCCGGUAACCGUAAAUGGUAAAUGCUACUAUCAAGUUAACUUCUACCAUCACGUGUAAAUACUAGUUUAGAGUCUGGAUGUCAGUAGAGGAAACAGAAUAAAAUGUAAUGUCAUUUUAAUAGUCACAAGUUUCAUGAAGUUUAAUCUCCUUACGUUCAUCAAGCAGACGUGUCUAGCGUCGCCAGGUUAACCAGAGUUUGAGAUCCAUUGGGGAUAAACGAUGAUUGGUCGUAGGUAGGCGUGGUAUUCCAAUCUCGAGCUUGCCGUCACCCUAUCAACCCCUAGAAUUCCAUAUUAUCCACCCUCUAGCAUUCCACCUUAUCCACCUCUAGCAUCCCACCUUAUAAACCCUUAGCAUCCCACCUUAUCCACCUCCAGCAUCCUACCUUAUCCACCUCUAGCAUCCCACCUUAUCCACCUCCAGCAUCCCACCUUAUCCACCUCUAGCAUCCCACCUUAUCCACCUCUAGCAUCCCACCUUAUCCACCCCUAGCAUCCCACCUUAUCCACCCCUAACUGUCCAGCCUAUCAACCCAUUAGCAUUUCAUCUUCAUCAAACCGCCAGGAGGCGAUAUUCUGCCCCCCCCCCCCCCCUUCUACCUGCUGUUGUCAUGAUACCAUAACGAGACUCUGCGGGAGGCGCCCCCCUGGGGCGUAUCGAUCAUCUCACGAUUUCCUCCCUAAUCGAUUCUUCUAGUGAUCGAUUCCUGCCUGCUGAUUCUGGGUUUGUGAACGGAUUGCUGGACUGUGUUUACAAUACAUGCUUGAGUACGGGCCCCCAUGAAAAAAAAAGGGGGGGGGGGAUCUAAUACAAAUAAAUCAUCACUUAAAGCUGCAUGUCACACGUUCAUGAGAUUGUAGUGGCCAUCAAAGGGAUAUCACGCUUGACCAUACAUCUGUAUGAUGCCGUGUCAUCAUUUACUUUGUGUUCAUGAACAUAAAAACAUGCAACUCACGUACUUGGAGUUGAUCGAUGUUUGAUACUAAUGUUUUUUUCUCUCUCUCUCUCUCUCUCUCUCUGCAUCUCUUUUUUUUCCUCUCUCUACGGCUCUUAUUUUCUCUCUCUCUACCUCUCGCUAGCUCUAAUUUUUUCUCUCUCUCUCUCUACAUCUCUAUUUUUCUCUCUCUCUACAGUUCCUAAUCUCUCUCUCUCUCUCUCUCUCUCUCUCUCUCUACAUCUCUUAUUUUUCUCUUUCUGCAACUCUUAUUUUUCUCUAUCUGGAUCUCUUAUUUUCUUUCCCUCUCCCUACAUCUCUUCUUUUCUUUCUCUACAGCUCUUGGACCUGGAAUGUUACAAAGCGGACGCUUACAUAUUGAUGUACGCGGUAUCUGAACCCGAGUCCUUCACGCGGGCCUCUACACUGCUGACGUAUCUAAGACAAGACAUGGGCACCGAUCGCACCAUGUUCCUUGUGGCCAACAAGUCUGACCUCGUGCGGCAGAGGGUGGUGUCCUCCAUUGGUAGGUCGCUCAUGUUGGCGUCAUCGCGCCUAAGCCGCAUUUAUUUUAAACUAUUCUUUUGACAAACUGUCACCAACUCUACUGACAGAUUUUGUCUUUAAAAAAACAAAAACAAUAACAAUUACAUAACUAAUAGCAAUUGAAUCAUUUCUUGAGUAGUAAAUGUCCCCACCCCCACCCCACCCCGCAAAAGAUUCUUGUCCAUCGUUCCUCUAUUUAAACCUUUUUAAGUGUAGGUGCUGAAAUCCAUUUUGAAAUUCUUAUCAGUCUGUUUUGCAGUAACUACAACAUUUUCUUCUAACUUUCAGAAGCCAAAAAGUUCUCCCAGAAUAACGACUGCCACUUCCUGGAGACAUCCACGGCGUUGAACAUCAACAUCGACCAGCUGCUCAUCGGGAUCUUGUGCAACAUCAAAAAACAGUUGACGCCCCUGAGUCAGCACGAGCAGGACAACAACUUCCGUCAGAAAUGUCCCAGCACGGAGCGACGCCCGCGUUCACCCAAGCGCGCGCUGUCCGCUAUCAGCAACUUCCUCAAGCAGGCGUGCCGACGAGACAGCAGGAGAAGGGACGUCACCCCUGUCCCGCAGUUGGCCUAAAAGGAUUGGAUGCAGCAUUUUUUAAAAUUUGGUUUUGUUCAUGUUCUAUUGCGUUUAGUUCCACGUGAAUGUUGGAAGCUGUAGACAGAGUUAGCCACUUGUUGUUAGCCGUUGUCAUGUUGCAGCCACUUGGGUUAGCUGUUUUGUUGUUGAGCCACUUAUGUUGCUAUUUCUGUAAUGCUCGACUUCGAUCGGUUGGCAUCCCCCCCCCCCCUUACCCUUAUAAGCACGCCUUUGGAUAAUGAAGCUUGUAGUGUCUAGGAGAAAGUAAUUUGAGCUAAUGUUCUCAAACGGUGCAGGGGUAAUGUGUUCUAGGAUGGUGUAGAGGUAAUGUGUUCUAGGAUGGUGUAGAGGUAAUGUCCCACGACGGCGUAGAAAUAAUGGCGAGCAUGCAGGUAUCGAGAAAAGGUGAUAGUGAUAGUGGCAGUGGAACGUAUACUGAAAAUGUAUCAAAGUCAUGUGGACCACCACAUUCAGUUACAGAACUGCACCAUGUACUUCUGAGUUAUUCGGGGCAUUAGAACUGUGCCGUACCCCUGUUUUAGCGUAACCUAUCCAUAGUUGAAUCUAUCCAUAGUUGAACCUGUCCAUAGUUGAACCUGUCCAUAAUUGAACCUGUUUAUAGUUGAACCUGUCCAUAGUUGAACCUGUCCAUAGUUGAACCUGUUCAUAGUUGAACCUGUCCAUAGUUUAACCUGUCCAUAGCUGAACCUGUCCUUAGUUGAACGUGUCAUUAGUUGAACAUGUCCAUAGUUGAGAAUGUACAUAAUCAACCUGUCAUUUAAAAAAAAAACCCUAUCCAUAGCUUAACCUGUCAAAAGUUGAGCUUGUUCAUUGUUAAACAUGUCCAUAGUUGAAUCUGUCCAUAGUUGAACCUGUCCAUAGUUGAACCUUUCAUAAAAUACUGCUAAAGUAAUCAAAUUAAUCUGCUGGUGAAUAUUGACUCUGCUCUAUUUGGUUCAUACGCUCUGACCUGCUGCGUUAUCCGCCUCAUUUCUGACAACAAGUACAAGACCAAUGCUCUAAGGUGAAAACAGUCAUUCAAUCUGGCAAAUACAUCUUUAUACAAGUACGCAAGAUGUAAAUAUUGCCGAACGUGGCUCGCAAUUCUGUCUUCAUUCUCCAUCGUGAAGUUCAUGGACGAUGUACGACGAGCCGUUCUUACGCUUUCGAUAUUUUGUCACAUCAGUAAGAACGGCCAUCUGACAUCUCCAUACAGGUUACAUGGAUGUCAACUCCUCAUACACUGUCACUUUCUUGUCACUCUACAAGAUAGGCGAGUCUACUUGUCCCUUUCUUGUCACUCUACAAGAGAGUCGAGUCUACUUGUCACUUUCUUGACUCUACAAGACAGUCGAGUCUACGUUCUUCCAUUUCGUCCAAAGGAAGAUCAAAUGAGGUCACAUAUUCCAUUUUGAAUACAUAGCCUGAACCAAAUGGAUGGUUCUCUGUCGAUGGUUCUCUGUCGAUGGUUCUCUGUCGAUGGUUCUCAGUCUGAAUGUUGAUGGAUCAUCAUGAUGGAUUGCUAGUUUAUAAGUAGACCUAUCCCAUAGUUGAUUGAUAAAUGGUGAUCCUAAGAUAACGUCGUAAGUAUAAAACAGAUACAUUCUCUUUGCGUAGUUAUCAGACACACAAUCAUUCAAGGCUGCUGUUAGGGGAAUAAAAUGUUAUUAUUUUAUAUAAUAAUUUAUAAUGUACAAAAUGUUACAGAUAUUUUUCAGCAUCACUGUCAAUAUAAGCUUAGUCAAUAUAUUGUCUGUUGUUCUGUGUAUGUUAAAAAAAUGGGAUAUUUUUUGUAAGCGGUCGGCUAAAUUUAUUUAAUCUACUGAUGCCCUAUUACAGCAUCCAGAUUGCCCAGUCUUUUGGAUGUUACUUCAUUUAUAAACAGUUACUGUUGUGUUAUUGUGUGCACAAGCGCUGACAUACAUGUAACUUUUGCAUAAGGCAUAGUCCUCUAAUGCUUUAUUUUUUAGUAUAUUCUUUAAUUUGGCGCAUGGAUAUUUCAUGCCAUCUUUGUAUGUUGUUUGGUGUCGUCUUCCGCUGCCGGAAAUAAGUCUUAGAAAAGUAGAUGAGGUUUGAGUCAUGGGGAUUAUAACCUGGAGAUUACAACGACUUAUCCCCUUGGUCUCGCAGCCUUGGUACAACCUAGCUGCGCAGUUAAAUACAGCCGGGGCAAAGCUAGACAAGAGCCUAGUUACUUUCAUUCCACCCCUUACCAAACUGAUCAAUGUUAUUUCAUGCUUUAUUUUAAACAGUGGCGAAGCUAGGGUAGGUGCCGUCCGGGGGCCAAGACUCUUGCUGCUCCUUCCACGAAAAAACUCUGGAGUUGGCCUAAACUGCCACCCGUGAUAUUAAGAGAAAAAAGUACCGCCAGGGGCGUAGCUCACCCCCUUCCUUCGCCACUGGUUUCAAUGGUUUGUUGUUAGCUUACAGCGUCUACUGUUGUGAUGUUAUGAAAUUGUUUAAUUCCUUGUACAUAUGUAUAUAUUUAUGAACGGGGCGAGACCCCCAGCCCCCUCUCAUCUUAAAUCCAAAUUACUCUUAAAGCUCUGACCUGUCCUCGUGGUCAUUCCGACACUGAUGGUCUCAACAUGACCUAUCUCGUGGUCUAUAUCCAUCGCUGAUGGUCUGUGUAGUUGGUUGUUUUAAUUGGUUGUUUUAGUUUGAUGUUUUAGUUGGAUGAAAUACUCUAAGGUCAUCCAUUGGUUCUAAUUUUAAUAUCUCUAGCGAUAUUAUUUUUUUCUAUAUGGAGAUGCACAGUCUAAAACCUGUGCAAAGAUAUGUGCCAUUAAAAUGUUAUGGUGUGUACAUACGAAAUAUAAAGAUUUGGGAUUGGAUGGAAGAAGAUGAUCAGUGUUUGGUCAAGGCGUAUAGCUAGAGAUUGGUCAAGGCGUAGUGAUAAGGAUGGUCAAGGCGUAAUGCUAAGGAUGGUCAAGAUGUAGUGCUAGAAAAUGAUAAAGGCAUAGUGCUAGAGAUGGUCAAGGCGUAGUGCUGUAUCCACAAUUGAUCUCUAUUGACGUGCGUAAUCCAAGCCCCUCAUCAUUCUCACAUAUAAUUAUCAUAUAAAUUGAUUAACAUGAGUUGUAAAUUUGACUAUUGACUAACAAUGUGCUUUAAAUGUGACAAUGGACUAACCUGUGCUUUAAAUGUGACAAUUGACUAACCUGUGCUGUAAAUGUGACAUGAAUAUUUCAUUCCAUAGAGCGAUCAUGACUUUGAAAUAUUUCAUCAGCAUUCCCCUCACCCUAAAGUCAUUGCGUCAUCAGACCUCAAAAACAUUGCAUCAAAAUCUCUGAACCAGAAAUUACGAUAAUAAUAUUUUUUAAAUUAAAAAAUGCUCCCCCAGCCAACCCCCCCCCCUAAAAAACCAACAACAUCAACAACAACUGCUGUCAAUCCAUUUUGUUGUUUAUCCAUAAGUGGAUGCCAUGUCUUCGAAAACUGGUUGAAACAGUCUGGUUGGUUUUCCUGGCCCAUUUGCACAAAGAGUAGCCAGGAUUAGGCGGAGGACGCUCUGAGCCAGGCUGUCCUUCAGCCGCAGAAUGGCCGCCGGUCCGCGCCCCACACUAACGGUAACGAAGAUGGAGCCCCAGGCCACCGGGACGCAAAGCUCGGCAAUUUUCAUUCGGCAAAAAUUAAACCUUUUCAGAUGCAUAUAAAACUUUGGCUAUACCGCAGAACAAUGUACACUAGGUGGCGCUUGUGAUAAAAAAAAGGCCAGCCAAUCGUUGAUGAUCUACAUUGCAAUACUAUAACUACAUCGGACUCAUGCAUUCCAUAUAUACAUAACUUGUGUACAUAUUGUAUCUAGGUACAUAUGGUAUCUCUGUAUAUAUAGUUUGAGAUUUUGACAUGUAUAUUUCAGUUGUAUAUUUUUCUGCGUUAAUGAACUAUCGAGAAUAUUGUUGAAAUAAAAAUUGAACUAUCA